AUGAACUCUGCAGAUAUCACGCAAAAUCCCUUCGCGUCUAGCGCGUCCUUGGACAAGAACCCGUUCGAGGAUCCAUUCAGUGAACCAGCCCCGCAAUCCAAUUACCUCGGCGGCGGCGCAUCCGCAUCAUCUCGUCAAGCAGAGCUCGAUGCACGCGAGGCUGAGCUCGAGCGUCGGGAACGCGAGCUCAACCAACGACAGGAGCAUGUACGCCGCUUCGGCCGCAACAACUUCCCCCCAUUCUUCCCUCUCAUCUACCACGACAUCAAUGCCGAGAUCCCUGAAGGGACCCGGUCCGUUGUCCUAAGGCUGUUUCAGCUCUGGCUUGUACUUGCUGCCACGUUAAUCAUCAACAUGGUCGCAUGUAUCUUUAUUCUGGCUUCUGGGUCGAGCGACGGAGGGAAGGAUCUUGGUGCCAGCAUUGGCUAUAUUUUUAUCAUUGGUCCCCUGUCGUUCUUGUUAUGGUACCGCCCGAUCUAUAAUGCCUACAUGAAGGAGCAAGCGCUGUACUAUUAUAUCUACUUCUUCUUCUGCGGCUGGCAUCUUCUCUUCUCGAUCUACAUGAUCCUUGGAAUACCGAGUACGGGCUCUGCCGGACUUAUCCAGACUAUCAGCCGCUUCUCCAGCGGCUCUCUCGCCUCUGGCAUCCUGGGUAUCAUUGCCACGGUUGCCUGGAGCGUGCAAGGGGUCGGUCUCGCGUGGUACUACCGAAAUAUCUGGAUGCAUCACACGCAGCAAGGCCACACAUUCGACAAGGCAAAGGGCGAGCUUGCCACCCACGGCGCGAAGGCUUAUUUCACGCGCGACAAGGCGACACCAGGGGCGGCUUGA